AUGCUACGAUCUUGGAGUGGUUUGGGUGAGGAUGAUUUAGCGGUGUUUUUGGGGUUCAGUGGUGGGUUUGGUUUAGGGGUUUCGGUGUGGGGGUGGUUGGAGGGUUAUGUGGGGCUGGUUUGGCGGUGGUUUAAGGGUUUUGAUGGGGGUCGAUGUGAGAUGGUUAGGAGGUUGUGGUUGGUGUCAUUGGUGGUUCUCUUAAAGCUCGCUAGUGGUUGUCAUGGAGUUAUGGGNCUUUUGAUAUUUCUUGGGUCAACAAUUGGGAUGGCAUUUGUGGAGGGUUUAUUUGAGCAUAGAGUGAAGACAUUAAGUUAUGGGGAUGGGUCUUCGAGGUUAUGGGAAGGGCCCCUUUUGGUGGUAAUGUAUUCAUUUGUGGUGCUUAUUGAUUCCAUGAUGAGCGCAGUUUUCUACUUCAGUUGUAAGAAUUAUAGUAUGGAAGCCUCAAAGGAAGAAUCUCAACCAGUUUUAGAAGCUAUGACAAUGCCCCCUGGAACGCCAGACAUUCAGUGA